GAAGAAACCCUUAAACCUUAUCCCCUCCCCAAAGCACAGCGAGAGAGUCAUGUCUGCCUCUGCUUCCUCCGUUUCCCUCUCUUCCUUCAACCCUAAAUCCCUUCCUCUCUGCGUCUCCCGCUCCGCCUCCAUCUUACCCCCUUCCCUCUCCUUCAAACUCAGCCCUCUCUUCGCUUCCUCCGCCGUCAAAUGCUCCUUCGACCCGUCGCGUUUCGCCAGAAACGUCGCCGUGUCAUCAGAUUUCGAGGUGGAGGAAGAUGACAUGUUCACUGACGAUGAUUCUUCCCCGCCUCCGCAGCAAGAGAGGAGCUCCUUCUCCGCUGACCUCAAGCUCUUCGUGGGUAACCUUUCUUUCGAUGUGGAUAGCGCUCAGCUCGCUCAGCUGUUUGAGAGCGCCGGAACUGUUGAGAUGGUUGAGGUAAUCUAUGAUAAAGUGACUGGCAGGAGCAGAGGUUUUGGGUUUGUGACAAUGUCAACUGCAGCUGAAGUUGAGGCAGCAGCUCAGCAGUUUAAUGGCUAUGAACUUGAAGGCAGAGCUUUGAGGGUUAACGCUGGCCCUCCUCCACCAAAGAGAGAGGAAUCAUUCUCCAGAGGACCAAGAAGUGGUGGUUACGGUUCAGAACGUUCCAGUUACGGUUCUGAACGUUCCGGCUACGGGUCUCAACGUUCAGGACGUUCUGGUUACGGUUCUGAACGUUCCAGCUAUGGUUCUGGGUCAGGUUCAGGCUCAGGCUCAGGUUCAUCAGACCGUGUUUACGUUGGAAACCUCUCGUGGGGUGUGGAUGACACGGCUCUUGAGAGCUUGUUUAGCGAGCAAGGAAAAGUUGUUGAGGCCAGGGUCAUUUACGACAGGGACACUGGUCGAUCAAAGGGUUUUGGGUUUGUGACACUCGGCUCUCCUCAAGAGGUCACAAGAGCUAUCAGCUCUUUGAAUGGCGCUGUAAGUAUUAUUAUUCAUCUCUCUUCACAUCAGUGUCUUUUGUUCACUAGUACUUGUUAUAGUGCAAGCAAACUCUCUGAUACACUUUUUUGUUUUUGUUUGAAGGAUUUGGAUGGGAGACAGAUUAGAGUCUCUGAGGCUGAGGCUAGACCACCAAGGCGCCAGUUUUGAGCUACCAUGUCACUUACACUGCUCUAAAUGAAAUGCAGAUUCCGGAAGUGUAUGUCAUCUUGUCUGACGAAUAAGCUAUUUGUGUUUUGAGUUUUGGGCUUUGUUUUGGGCUUUUGCUUUUAUCUUUGGAGACUACUUAGGUUUUUGGACUUUGUUUUUUCUUUAUUCUACUUCUUUCUUUCCUUAUGCUGUGCAUGCUCUCGUUAUCUUGUUGUCCAUCAAGUGUAUGUGGACCGUUUUAAAGAGUGUACCAUUUGAAUCCCAAACGGAAGUUUUUGCUUUACUAAAAUUUCUUCAUAGUAUUCGAUCCCAGUUUUA